AUGUGGCUGUUUGGGGCACACGUGAUAAAUUUAUUGAUGACUCGGUGCGAACAUAUCAAAGAGAUCAUCUCGGUUGACCUGUUGCCAUUUCACUGGGUGAAAGGUUUGGAGCCACCAGCCAAUCCUGAGAGUUCGAUUAGACUGCGACACAUCAUCUGUGAUCUCAGGAAAUAUAGUGAUGUCAAUAAAGCCUGUCAGAAAAAUAUUGAUGUUGUUAUACAUACGGCCGGUUUUAUAGACGUGGGAACUGGCCAGGAUUGGAAUCAAUUGGUUGAUGUUAACGUAAAAGCAGUUGACAAUGUGAUAAGAGCUUGCAUUGCAAACAACAUCCCCUAUUUAGUACAUACCAGCUCACAGGAUGUGGCAGCCGGCAUGGAUCCAUUGCACAAUAUUGGGGAUGAUUCUGUCAGUAUUCCCACAAAGUUCUUUUACAAAUACGCAGAAACCAAGUUUGAGGGCGAACAAUUGGUAAUUCACGCAAAUAACUCAUUACUACUAAACGAGAAGCGGUUACUGACAGUAGCGUUGCGACCAUGUUCAAUCUACGGAGAAGGGGACAACAAUAUAGUCACACCCGCAUUGCGUGUCGCAUAUAAAAUGGGAGGUGUACUGGUUCGAUUUGGUGAUCAAAAAGUCGUAUUCCAGUACGCGUAUGCCGGAAACAUAGCGUGGGCACACAUAUUAGCAAUGCAACACCUACAGCACAGCGACACUUUGGAACAAAACAAAGGUACAAAGACCGUAGAGUCGCAACCAAUUGCUGGAAAAUGUUUUUUCAUUAUGGAUGAAACACCAGCACGGAAUCUGUUUGAUAAUAUCAAACCUUACGUUGAAGAUCGCGGAAUUCGAAUAUCUGACGUGGUUGUGCCCUUUUGGAUCAUGUAUUGCGUUGCUUUGUUUUUGGAGUUCAUAACUUUUAUAUUGAAGCCAUUCACAUCUCUGAAUUACCCCCUCACGCGGCAAGUGUUGUACAGUAUGUAUGUUCAUCACAAUUUCAAUUAUAAUGGUGCUCGAAAACAUUUGAAAUAUAAACCCAUAUUUACACCUGAAGAAGCCAUGCAACGUAGUCUGGUGUAUUAUCGUUCAAUUGAAAUAAACCCACAUGUGACAUAA